CUUAUGCUCGUGUCGGAUGUCUAGUGGCACCAAUGUUAUUUAUGAAUUAAAGUUAUUUUAUAGUUGACAAAGAUUCUGCUUAUCUAAAAGCCCACAGUAACGCCACCAGCGUUUAUCCGAAGCAAUGGCGGUGGUAGCCCGUUUCUCCUGCUGCUUAUUUACUCACCCGAAGAACUCCGGCCGAUCUCCACUGUCCGAUCAAAUCUCCGUCAAGUCCAGUCUUCCUGAACCAGGGAAGUUACCUUUUCUUCCAUUUCAAGCCGGAAAGCUUAGGUCAGCAUUUGGACUUACUUUAGAUGGACUGUUUGAGAUCCACCAUGUAUUGCCAAACAAAAAAUGUCAGGGAGACAUACAGUUGAGAUUCCCAGCAAUGGAACUUUUGGUUGGUAAUGCCUUAAUACUGACAACACCUUUGAAGGCCUUGGCAGAAACAUGUGAAGCUGAAAACUCUGUUUUCAACAUGAACAUGCCUGUACUGCUAUUUGUAGCCCUCGUAGGGGCCACUGUUGGUGGCUUGCUUGCUCGGCAAAGGAAAGGAGAAUUACAGCGAGUGAAUGAACAGUUGCGUCAAAUCAAUCAAUCUCUAAGAAGGCAGGCUAAGAUUGAGUCAUAUGCUCCCACUUUGAGUUAUUCACCUAUUGGUGCAAAAGUACUACCAGAGAAUGAGGUGAUAGUUGAUCCAAGAAAGCAUGAGUUGAUUUCUCGAUUGAAGGCUGGGAAGAACUUUUUGAGGAAUCAAGAAACAGAAAAAGCACUAGGCGAGUUUAAGACAGCUCUUGAGCUUGCUCAAAGUGUGAAGGACCCAAUUGAGGAAAAGAAGGCUGCAAGAGGUUUAGGAGCCUCGCUGCAAAGACUGGGCAAUCACCGAGAAGCCAUUAAAUACCAUUCUAUGGUUUUGGCAAUCUCCGAGCGAGAAGGAGAAGACUCAGGAAACACAGAAGCUUAUGGAGCAAUUGCUGAUUGUUAUACCGAGCUCGGAGAUCUCGAACGGGCAGGGAGGUUCUAUGACAAUUAUAUUGCAAGGUUGGAAUCUGACUGAAUCAGCCUCAUGACCCAGAAGUUUGGUCUCUAUCUAUGUAUUACAGAGUUAGAUGUAGCCUGCGGAUCCCGGAUCAUUUUGUUUCAUUUUUUGUGCUAGAAGUAGUUUGAUGCAUAAUGCCUUGUUAAACCGUUUACUCUUUCCAACCUUGUCAUUUUUUGUCACUCUAGAUUGUAGAAGAAUAUAGAUGUUCAAUUUUUAAUUCGUCCAAGAAAAUAAAUUACAGAUCA